AUGGUUGCUUCAGGAAUCGCGGUCGUCACUGGCGCGAAUCAAGGGAUUGGAUACCACAUCGCUCGGUUGAUUGCUACAAAGGGUUACAAAACGUACUUGGCAUGUCGUCGCGAAAAAGAAGGACAACGGGUAGCCCAGGAGUUGCGCGAUGCUGGUCUUGAUACCCACUUUGUACAGCUAGAUAUCAACGACCAAGGCAAGUAUCAAUUCUUUUAUAUUAGUAACAACAAGAAUGGCGGAGACAAUCCGAUGUCUAAAUCAAACUAUGGCAUGAGCAAGUGCGGCGUAAUUGCACUUGUAAAGCUUCUGGCGGCCGAAGAGAAGCAACGCGCUCCCACCGACGGGAGUGCAUCCAUUUUCUAUACAUGCUUCUGCCCGGGAUACUGUAGUACUUCCAUGAGUAGUCACAUAGGGCCGAGAUCGGCUGAAAAGGGCGCAGGCGAGUAUUUCUAACGCAUGUUCCUCGC